CUGUCCAACGCGCUGGUCAUCAACAUGCUGCAGGCCUCCUAUAGCACCUGCUGCAUGGUGUCCGAGGAGGACCAGGGACUCAUCAUAACCCCAAAGGACAAGAGGGGAAAGUACGUGGUGUGUUUCGACCCUCUGGACGGGUCCAGUAACAUCGACUGUUUGGCUUCUAUCGGGACCAUAUUUGCCAUCUACAAACGGGUGAGUCCAAUAGGGCUAAUAGUUUGGUAA